GCAGCAACAAUGACAGACCCAACGACCCAGGAGUCCUACCCUGUCCCAGACCCGACUAUUGUGGAUCCCUGCCCGGCCCCUGUGCGGAACGGCCAGUGCGCCCCGGAUGGCUUCACCAACCAUCACCAGCAAGCCAAAACCCCCAGCCAGUCUGAGACGUUCACCACGGGCCAGGAGAUGAAAAUCACAGACAGUGUAGAGGGAGAAGGUCUCCUUGAGAGCAGCAUGCGCCUGAAGCCUCACGAGGCUCAGAACUACAGGAAGAAAGCACUCUGGGUCUCCUGGGUCUCCAUCGUGGUCACUCUCAUACUGGCUGUGGCAGCUUUCACUGUAUCGUUCAUGAGACACAGUGCGUCAGCCUUCGGAUUUGCUUUUGAUGCCACGUUGGACGUCAUGUCAUCAGUCAUUGUUCUCUGGCGUUACAGCAAUGCAGCCGCCGUGCACUCUGCUCACAGAGAGUACAUAGCAUGUGUAAUCCUUGGGGUUUUGUUCGUUCUCUCCUCGCUGUGCAUUCUUGGAAAGGCCAUUCAUAAUCUAGCUACCGGGAUGCCCCCACAAGUGGAUGACUUCCUCUUCAGUGUGUCCAUAGUGAGCGGGUUCACAUGUGCUUUGUUGGCUAUAGCCAAGUUCAUGCUGGGAAGAGUGCUGACAAGCCGGGCACUUAUCACUGAUGGGUUUAACUCUCUGGUUGGUGCCAUUAUGGGAUUUUCCAUUCUGAUCAGCGCUGAAGUCUUCAAGCACCAUGCUAGUGUCUGGUUUCUGGAUGGCACCAUUGGAGUUCUCAUUGGACUCAUCAUUUUUGCAUAUGGGGUCAAGCUUUUGAAGGACAUGGUGCCCCGUGUGAGACAGACGAGGAACUACGAACGCUUUGAGUGAGAGACCCGUGUGUGCUGACCAGACGAGCAAGUUCACACAGACACACACACACACACACAUACACCUGGCUGCCUCCUGCCCUCCACCCUCUUCUCUCU